CUUUUAUAAAAUUCAUAAAAACUAUCAAAUUUUACGAGUUUCUCUUUUUUUUUUCCAUUCUUCUUUCUUUCCUUCUUUCUUUAUUGUUAUUAUGUCUGAAAAAAAGAUUCUUUUACUCGGUUCUGGUUUUGUUGCUGCUCCUGCUGUUGAAUACAUUCUUCGACGUCCUGAAAAUAAGCUUACUAUUGCUAGUAGACGUCUUGAAAAUGCUGAAGCUCUAGUUAAACAAUAUCCUGCUGCUACUGCUGUUUCUUGUGAUAUUAACAAUGAAAAGGCUAUUGAAGAUUUAGUGGCUCAACAUGACCUUGUUAUUAGUUUGAUCCCUUAUAUCUAUCAUGCCUUGGUUAUCAAAGCUGCUGUCAAACAUAAGAAGAAUGUUGUCACUACAUCAUAUGUAUCUCCAGCUAUGAUGGAAUACGAUCAAGCUGCAAAGGAUGCUGGUAUCACUGUGAUGAAUGAAAUUGGUCUUGAUCCUGGUAUUGAUCAUUUGUAUGCUGUUCGUACUAUUGAAGAAGUGCAUAAUCAAGGUGGAAAGCUUCUUGAAUUCAUUUCUUUCUGUGGUGGUUUACCUGCUCCUGAAAAUUCUAAUAAUCCAUUUGGUUAUAAAUUCUCUUGGUCUGCUCGUGGAGUCUUGUUGGCAUUGAAAAACACUGCAAAAUAUCUUGAAAAUGGCAAGGUGAUUGAAGUAUCUGGUACUCAAUUAAUGGAUUCUGCUCGCAAAUUGAACACUGGUUAUCCUGGAUUUGCUUUUGUUGGUUAUGGUAAUCGUGAUUCCACUCCUUAUGACAAACGUUAUAAUAUCCCUGAAGCUCAAACAAUCAUCCGUGGUACUCUCCGUUAUGAUGGUUUUUGUCAAUUUGUCAAGGCUUUGUUCAAACUUGGAUUCCUUAGUGAAGAUGUUCAAGCUCAUUUGACCAGUGAUGCUCCUGAAAUUGCAUGGAACCAAGUGAUUGCCAAAGCAUCUGGAGCUAAGAGUACUCACGAAAAUGAUUUGAAGGCGGCUAUCAUUGCCAAGUGUGAACUUGAAAACGACGACAACAAGGCUCAAAUUUUAGAUGGUAUGCGAUGGGUCGGAUUCUUCUCCAACAACAAGGUUCAUCGUCGUAAUAACUUGCUUGACACAUUCUGUGCUACUUUGGAAGAAAAGAUGCAAUAUGAAAAAGGUGAACGUGAUUUGGUUUUCUUACAACAUCGAUUUGAAAUUGAAUUGAAGGAUGGUUCUCGACAAACUCGUACAUCUACUCUUGUUGAAUAUGGUAAACCCGAUGGAUUCUCAGCCAUGGCCAAGACUGUGGGUGUUCCUUGUGGUAUUGCAGUACAAUUGAUUUUGGAUGGUAAACUUAAUAAAACUGGUGUUCUCGCUCCCAUGUCAUCUGAUAUCAAUGACCCUAUUAUUGAAUUGCUUGAACAAGAAGGUAUUGGUAUGGUAGAAAAGAUCUUGUAAAUUUAGAUUAGAAUUAACUUUUCAAAUAAAAAAAUUGAAUAUGUUAUCUGUCGUUUAAA